CGGGCUAAGUCCUCGUCCUCUCUGAGUCCCUCGUGCAGGUACCGGCGCUUAACACCAUUUCAAGGUACUUGGUCCAUGACAUUGCCUUCCUCACCGCCUGACUCGACUUGGACAAGCAACCCAGAUGCCUGGCAGUGGACUCCCGGCUUUCUGUGGCAAUCCCACGGGAGACCCCUUCCUUCCAGCGGCAAACCAGUCUCAAGUUGCCGUGGUGUGCUCAACUCUCCUGUCUCUGGAGACUGGAGACUGGAGACUGCUCAGCCAAAGAGGCCGUCAUGCAGAUAUGUCGGGCUCCCCGAAGUCGGUUGCCCAGCCAGAAAAGAGUCCCUUUUUUGCCGCACUGUCUCCAACUCCCCAUGCACGUUGUAGCCCCUCAUUGAGUUGUUCCUGGAGGGGUCCUUCCCAACUUGCCAAUGCCUGCCAAACGAUUGGCUCUCGCUUGCCCAUUCAGACGAACGGCCGAUGUCUUUCUCGCAGGAAAACAACCCGAUAUCGUCGGCCGAGAGUGAAUCUGGGCAAUUCUUCGGGACAGGGGCACUCUACCCACGGCAAUCUGUCUCUUCGUCGGCCAAUUUACAACGUUUUCCAAGUUCCAAAGAACGGGUGGAGCCGCCGCCGCUGCAACUGUAAGUCGCCCCGGGGACCGCAGCUCGCGAGCCACCGAAACCCUCAUGCACGAACCCUCUCCCCCCACACACAACGGCAUCAACUUUGGACUAUAAUCACAUUCUCGUCGCCCAGUCUUCAACCAGCUCUUCCGGCUUCAAUAUCCGGAAGCGAUCAUCAGCGUCGAUGGUUUAGUGGUAAAAUUCUCCGUUGCCAUCCAGCAGCGUCGGGGAGCCGGGGGUUCGAUUCCCCCUCGACGCAAUCUUUUGCUGCAUCUGCUCAGUCGUCAGCCUGGGCGUUCAUUUUUUGAUCUCUUCCAUGAAUUCAUGAGAGUGCUGGACAACUAAAGCUCUUGGGGGACUCUUCACUUUUCGUAUUCAGGCUCUGCAAAGAAGCAUCUUCACAAACCCCCUUCAGAUUAUCCUACAUCAACUACAACACCUCCCAUGUUUGGCUAUUUCCUUGA